AUGAAGAGCAGCUACAAGGAGCAGUGGCUACAGGCAAUGAAGAGCGAGAUGAAGUCGCUUGAAGAACACAGCACAUGGAAGCUAGUGGACAUGCCACCGGGCAAGAAGGCCGUAGGCUGCAAGUGGGUCUUCAAGAUUAAACGCGAUCCAAGUGGCGAGAUCAUCAAGUUCAAGGCACGCUUGGUUGCGAAAGGGUUCACGCAGCGUCCUGGCAUCGACUGCAACGAGACCUUUGCACCAGUGGCGCGCAAGGAAUCUAUCAACACAGUGUUGGCGAUCGCUGCAGCUGAAGACCUGGAAGCAGAAAACGUUGAUGUCGACACAGCGUUUCUCGACGGCGAAGUGGAAGAGGAGAUCUACAUGGACCAACCUGACGGUUUUGAAGAUGAAGGAAGCCCGAAAAAGAAGUGUUUGCUGCAGAAGGUGCUAUACGGGAAGAAGCAAGCGGCGCGGCAGUGGAACAACAAGUUGAGUCAGCACUUGGAUGAUCAAGAGUUCAAGAGCAGUGCAGCGGACCCGUACUUCAGCAUUAAAGAUCUUGGAGAUCUCAAGUACUGCCUCGGGAUCGAGAUUCAUCGCAAGCGCGAAGAUGGAACGAUCAAGAUGAACCAGAAGGCGUACAUCAAGCGAUUUUCGGCGAAGUUCGGCGUUGAAAACUGCAAGGACGUGCAUACGCCGGCGGACAGAAACUCGAAGCUGAUCAAGAUGGGUCAAGAGGAAGCGUUUGUACCAAAGUACCCAUACCGUGAGCUGGUGGGCGCUUUAAUGUACAUCGCCACAUGUACACGACCGGACAUUGCGCAUGCGGUUGGCGAAGUUGCGAAGUUUUGCGAGCGCUACGACAAGUCGCAUGGGACAGCAGCAAAGCGGAUUCUCAAGUAUCUCAAGACGACGCAAGACUUAAGCAUCGUGUUAAGCGGCAUCAACAAGGGAGAGCUAAUUGGACUCGCGGAUGCCAACUGGGCUGGCGACCUCGACACGCGGCGUUCGACAACAGGAUACGAUUUCUUCCUGAACGGAAGCGUGAUAUCGUGGAAUUCGAAGCGUCAACCAACGGUCGCGACCUCACGUACUGAAGCAGAGUACAUGAGUCUGUACAGCGCGACACAGGAAGCAGUUUGGCUUCGAGGUCUGCUCAAGGACCUGAACUACUGUGCCAAGAACACGACGACGAUUUUUCAAGAUAAUCAAGGUUGCAUCACGUUGACCAAGAAUCCUGUGUACCACUCGCGCACGAAGCACAUCGACAUCAAAUUUCACUUUUUGCGUGAAAAGGUUGCAAGUGCAGUGAUCGCGCUAGAGUUCAAGCCAACAGAAGAAAUGGUCGCGGAUAGAUUCACCAAGGCACUUCCAAGAGACAAGCACAGCAAGUUCAUCACGGGUCUGUGUAUGGCGGUGUAG